UCGCUAUUUCGCAUGGAGAGCCACCACCGCAUGUUGUCGUACCAUGUCAUACAUACCUUGCGACACUUGCGAUCUUCCGAAAACGAUUUACAUAUAGUCGAUUUUUUCAUAAAGUGAAUCAAUUUUAAACAAUGUCAUGCAUUUUAAAUUUGUAGAUAUUAUCAUAGAUUAAUGGUUUUCGUAAUUGAAUUAUAGCCACCAGCAAAAUGUUUUCACGAUUGUGUAGAUUGUGCCACAGGCAAGUGGAUAAUUCAGUGUAUAACCUUCGAAACUACCGGAUUUCGUCGACCUUUUCACAACAGCAAAAUGUUGCUGAAAAAUAUUUGGAUGUCCCGGAGGAAAAGUUGAUUGACCCUGAAAAAGCUAUGAACAGCCCUGAAAAAGAAUCUAAUGUUCCUGAAAAUAAAGAACGUGAACCACUAAUUAUUUGCAAAAGACCCGAAUUCAAUUUUUACAAAGGCAAAACGUUCUCAAAAUUUGAGACAAUUCCUUUAGCUUCCCAAGGAUGGCAUCAUUUGAAAUCUUGCGGUGAUUACUUCACAAUACUCCCAGAUUACGAAGAUCCUGGGGAAGACGAUGAUUUACACGAUGACCCGAGAGAUUUUGAACAUUUAGGCUUGCAUCCAAAGCUGGUUGAGAAUUUAAAAUCCAUGAAUAUACAUACUCCAACAGAAGUACAGUACCUUGGCAUACCUAAAAUAAUGAUGAACCAGCAUAUGGUACUCUCAGCAGAAACUGGAUGCGGCAAAACAAUUGCCUAUCUAUUGCCCCUAUUGAAUCAAAUUUAUCAGUGGCAGAGAUUGGAAAUCAACAAAGAGAGAAAAUUUAAUGAGCCAUUUGGGUUAAUAAUUACUCCCAGUCGAGAGCUUGCUGAACAAAUAGCGAGGGAAGCCAAGUGGUUGGCUAAGGAUCUUGGCAUAAAGAUAACUGUGAAAACAGGCGGUAGAACAAAAAAAAUCUUGAACAAUCCUCCGGUGGGUAAUGUUGAUUUGUUGAUCGGUUCUUUCGGAGUAAUCAGCAAAUUAAUAACAACAAAAAUUUACAAAUUGCACUACAUGAGACAUCUAGUACUCGACGAAGCUCAUGCACUCUUUGAUGUCACCUUUGAUGAGAAACUCCGAGUUUUUCUACAUAGAAUGACUUUCAAUGUAGGAGACAUGGCCAACGAAAAUGGUUUCCCAGACUACUCUCAGUUGACACUCGUAUCCGCUACCAAAGCUGCAGAUUUUCCAGAUUAUUUGAAAGGAGUCAUCGAUGAAAGGCUAUUCAGCGACGUCACAACCAGUAACUUUCACCGAGUAAUGGUACCACAAAAAUUUCUCAGAGUCAAAUCCAUGGACAAAUCAACGACUCUACUGAAAUUGAUAAAACCUAGAGCCGUUAGAAAAGUGCCAUUCAUCGUCUUCAGUAAUGACAGUGCAACGUGUGAUUGGAUCAGCCUUUUUUUGAAUGAGUUUGGCGUCAACGCGACUCAUCUCAAUGGCGAAAUGCCUAUGGUUAUAAGGCAGGGCAAGUUCGCAGCUUUUCAAGCCGGAAAGUUUGCCGUUUUAUCAGCUACGAACGCAGGAGCUCGAGGUUUGGAUACCAUCCAAGUCAACAAUGUCAUCAAUUAUGACCUUCCGAUGUCAACUGCUGAUUAUAUACACAGAUGCGGAAGGACCGGCCGAUUAGGCACAAAAGGCGAGUGCAGAGUGACGAAUAUAAUCACUCGUCAUCUGGAGAUCGAAUUAACGCAAAAGAUAGAAAGAGCUGCCCGUCGUAGGCGACCAUUGCCGAUUUUCGAUUUGAUAGAGGAAAAAGAGAUGAAACGGGAAAAAGCAGAAGACAUGGAACUGCUGGGACAGAAAAAUGGAAAAAAACCUCGUGGAAAGAAUGAAAGGGACAAGAGAAAGAAGGCACCAAGGAAGAUACAGAAAAAAAGUCGAAAAUUGUAGACGAAAAAUGAGUAUAGGAUGAACGUCGGAGGUGUAAAUAAAAUUUGGUUUAUCAAUUU